CUCGAAUCAUCCCGCAAGCACAAUGUUGGCCUCAUUCAAGACAUCGCCUCUGUAUGAGGACCUCAACUGGCGCCUAGUGAUGAUAGGCCUGAUAUCAUCACUGGGUGCUAUGGGCUUUGGCUUUGACAACGGGUGGUGGGGAGGUGCUCUCGGCUUGGAACAGUUCAAAAGAAAGUAUGGAGCGUACGACCCGAAGCUCGAGAAAUGGGCUAUACCAGCAUACAAGACUUCGGUCGGGACAGGUACAGGAUCGGCUGGUAUCAUCCUCGGUUGUAUCAUAGCCCCGUUCGCUACAUCGAUCCUGGGUCGCAAGAAGUCCUUCCUCGUCAUGUCGUCCUUAAUGAUCGUCGGUAUCGUCUUGGAGACGAGUGCUAUCACCUCGUUCUGGCAGCUUGUCGUCGGCAGAAUUCUUGUCUAUUCGGGUAUCGGACUGGCAACUAAUGUCGUUCCCAUGUACUUGAGUGAAUGCUCUCCUCCACGAGUUAGGGGAGCUUUUCUUGCACUCUACAGUUUCUUCAAUUCCUUGGGGGUAUUCUUGUCGACUCUAACAGUAUAUCUAUCCCGCAACAGGACAGAUCAAUGGCAAUAUUUAAUCGUUAUUAUGUGCCAAUUGUUCGUUCCUCUCGGCUACAUCGCGUUGUACGUUUUCUUACCCGAGUCUCCGCGCUACCUCGUCUAUCGCGGGAAGUAUUCAGAAGCCGAAGAAGUCAUGAAAAUGCUGUCCAAUCGACCCGAAACGAUCCGAGAAGAAGUGGAAUUGCUCAAAUUGCAAGUUGAGGAGCAACGGGAGUAUCACAAAGCAACAUCGAUACUCGAUUGUUUCAGAACAUCCAACUUGCGUCGAACUAUCAUCGCCAUGGGUGUCCAAAUUCUACAACAAGCCCAAGGCGUAUCAUUCAUUCAGAACUUCAUCGUUGUCUUCAUGCAGCAGCUAGGAUUCUCUGACUCUCUACGAACGAACGUCCUUGUUACUGGCUGCGGCUUUGCUGUUCACUUCGUCACAUUCCUCACAUUCGACAAGAUGGGUCGAAGGAACUCACUGAUCGUUGGCUCGGUUGGUAUGGCCGCUAUGAUGCUUGGUGUAGGCGGCGCGACGUCUUCUGGCAGUGUCAGUUCACUGUCUACAUCGAUACAAAAUGGCUGUGCUGCCAUGCUCAUCCUAUGGUACUCUAUCUACGGAUUCACUUGGGGACCAGGAUGUUGGAUCGUUGCCGCAGAAGUUGGUACUGGCCAAUUGAGGGAACGAACAUUGUUCUUAGCCUCUAUGGGUAGUUUCGUCACCUCUGUACCGAUCAACUUUGUCAAUCCAUACGUCCAGUCGGCUCUUGGUGGACAAGUCACAUUCAUCUAUGGCGCAUUCUCAGUCGUGGCCAUUCUUUUUGUCUUCUUUUUCGUACCGGAGACCAAGUAUCGAUCUUUGGAAGAAUUAGAUGAGAUGUUCCAGGAACGCGUAGCAACCAGGAAGUUCAAGAAACAUAUCUGUGUCGGGCUAGGCGCAGAGAUUACCCACUUAGAAGAGACACACGAUGCCGACAACAAGAAAAAAGUAGCAGCUAUUGAGCAAGAAGAGAGGAUGGAUUAA